CGUUGGCUAAUCUGUGGCCUCUUCUGUUCUGGUGGUCUGGGGACUGAGGGGAGCCUCGUGCCCAGGGCGGGUUUAGAACUCGUCUUCCUACUGUUUUGCUCCCACAGUGCUGGGUUAACCUAACUAGCUUCACCCUCUUAAAUCCUGGCCCAUUCUAGAGUUGCUAUGAUGGAAGUUAAAGGGAAAAAGAAAUUCACAGGAAAGGGUACAAAGACACCACAAGAGAAAAACAGAUUUCAUAAAAACAAUGAUUCUCGUUCUUCAAAGACAUUCCCAAGAAAAGUUGUUAAGGAAAGUGGACCUAAAAUCACCUCUAAGAACUUUGAGAAAAGUGUCACAAAACCUGGGAAAAAAGGUGUAAAGCAGUUCAAGAAUAAGCAGCAAGGGGAUAAAAUACCGAAGAACAAACUCCAGCAGGCAAACAAAUUCAAGAGGAAGAGAAAAUUCCAGCUAGACAUUAAAAGUGAUGACUCAGCAGCCAAGAAACCCAAAUGGGAUGACUUCAAAAAGAGGAAGAAAGAACUUAAGCAGAGCCGACAACUCAGUGAUAAAACCAACUAUGACAUUGUUGUUCGGGCAAAGCAGAUUUGGGAGAUCUUAAGAAGAAAAGACUGUGACAAAGAAAAAAGAGUGAAGUUGAUGAGUGAUUUACAGAAGUUGAUCCAAGGAAAAAUUAAAACCAUUGCAUUUGCACAUGAUUCAACACGUGUGAUCCAGUGUUACAUUCAGUAUGGUAAUGAAGAACAGAGGAAACAGGCUUUUGAAGAACUUCAAGAUGAUUUGGUUGAAUUAAGUAAAGCUAAAUAUUCCAGAAAUAUUGUCAAGAAAUUUCUCAUGUACGGGAGUAAACCACAAAUUGCAGAGAUAAUGAGAAGUUUUAAAGGCCACGUGCGGAAGAUGCUCCGGCACUCAGAAGCAUCAGCCAUCGUGGAAUACGCAUACAAUGACAAAGCCGUUUUGGAACAGAGGAACAUGCUGGCAGAGGAACUCUAUGGGAACACAUUUCAGCUUUACAAGUCAGCAGAUCACCCGACUCUGGACAAAGUAUUAGAAGUACAGCCCGAAAAACUAGAGCUUAUCAUGGAUGAAAUGAAACAGAUUCUAACUCCAAUGGCCCAAAAGGAAGCUGUGAUUAAGCACUCAUUGGUACAUAAAGUAUUCUUGGACUAUUUCACAUAUGCACCCCCAAAGCUAAGAUCCGAAAUGAUUGAAGCUAUCCGGGAAGCGGUGGUCUACCUGGCACACACACAUGAUGGCGCUCGAGUGGCCAUGCACUGCCUGUGGCAUGGCACACCCAAGGACAGGAAAGUGAUUGUGAAAACAAUGAAGAGUUAUGUUGAAAAGGUGGCUAAUGGCCAAUACUCCCAUUUGGUUUUACUGGCAGCAUUUGAUUGUAUUGAUGAUACUAAGCUUGUGAAGCAGAUAAUCAUAUCAGAAAUUAUUAGUUCCCUGCCUAACAUAGUAAAUGACAAAUAUGGGAGGAAGGUCCUGUUGUAUUUACUAAGCCCCAGAGAUCCUGCACAUACAGUCCGAGAAAUAAUUGAAGUUCUGCAAAAAGGAGAUGGAAACGCACAUAGUAAGAAAGAUACAGAGAUUCGCCGACGAGAGCUCUUAGAGUCCAUCUCUCCAGCUUUGUUAAGCUACCUGCAAGGACAUGCCCAAGAAGUAGUGCUGGAUAAGUCCACCUGUGUGUUAGUGAGUGACAUUCUGGGAGCUGCCACUGGAGACGUUCAGCCUGCCAUGAAUGCCAUCGCCAGCUUGGCAGCAGGAGAGCUGCAUCCUGGUGGCAAGGAUGGAGAGCUUCACGUUGCUGAACAUCCAGCAGGGCAUCUGGUUCUGAAGUGGCUGAUCGAGCAAGAUAAAGUGGUGGAAGGAAAUGGGCAAGGUUGUUUUGCAAAAACACUUGUAGAGCAUGUUGGUAUGAAGAACCUGAAGUCCUGGGCUAGUGUAAACCGAGGUGCCAUUGUUCUUUCAAGCCUUCUCCAGAGUUCCAAUCAACAAGUUGCAAACAAAGUCAAAGCUGGACUGAAAGGCCUGAUUCCCACCUUGGAAAAAAACAAAAGCACCAGCAAAGGAAUAGAAGCACUACUUGAAAAACUGACUUCAUAGGUGGAAACAGUUAAGAACAAGAUGAAAUCAUUUUUCCCAUUUUGUUUCUCCAGUGCAGAAGAGAAGGGCUGGGGUCCACCUUGCUGGUAAUUUGGGUGCUCUGUAUAUGUUUCUUCUUUACAUUGAAUCUAUUUUUAAAGUAGUUUCUAAAAAUA